ACACAUUGAGAAGUUAAAAAUUUUGAGUGAAAUAAAAAAUGAAGGAAAGAAAAGCAUCCUUAUGGAGGGCAUAGAAAAGGUGAAAGAGAGAGCAAGUUUUUUAAACAAAACAGCGGAUAAAAACUCCAUGAGAGAGAAAAAAAACAGCAGCAGGGACAGCAGUCGGGGCACCGUACUAAAGUUUAAUGAACCAAACAGAAAUAAAAGCUUGACCGACAAGGAGAAAAAAGAGCAUAGCUAUGGUCGUGGUCCCAGUAAGGAGGAUACCCACCGAAGGGGAAGAACUACUAACACACAAGUUACACACAAUAGCAGGAGAAGAACAAACGAAAGGAAAAGUUCUUCCAUGGGGAAAUUGCUGCUACGGGAUGGCAUCAGGGAGGAAGAAAAUUUAUCCGUCUUGCUCAAAGGAUUAAGUAAAGAACGAAUAGGAAGGAGCGAAGAAGGGGGAAGUAGCAAGGAAAACGUGCGUGGUAGUAGGGGAAGUACACGAGGAAACAGGGGAAGCAUGCGAGGCAGCAGAGGCACUCCGAGCAGUGGCGAAAGGAGCAUCAAGAGCCACCCCUGGCAGACAAAGAGUGAAGAUCAGAAAGGCGAAAAAAGUGCGAAUAAUGCGAUAAAUGCGAGUAAUUCGAGUAAUGUGAGUAAUGCGAGUAAUGCGAGUAAUGCCAAUAAUGCCAAUAAUGCGAAAAUUGCAAAUAUGGCAAAAAUUGCAAAUAUUGCAAAAAUUGCAAAUAUUGCAAAAAACGUGACGAAGGAAGAAAAAGUGAAAGAAGCCAAUGUUGUGGCACAUGUAAAAAAACACGAAGGAAGCACUAAAAAGAAAAAUAAAAAAGACCACAUUGUAAUUGACGACAGUAACAUUUACAUCGUGAUAGACGAUCUAAAUGAAAACCUAAACGACAAAGCUGCAUUAAUAAAUAAGCUAAAUAUCACGAAUGACACGUAUAAUUUUUUAAUGAAUAGCAAAAAUGAAAUGAGAGGGGGGAAGCGGAGGAACGGCAGCUACUCCUUCAUGGGAAAAUCUCACCCCGUUAGCGCCAAGGACGUGGACGGGGAAGCACUCGAAGGGGAAGACGCCGAUGUAGAUGAGGAGGAUGGCUUCUACGAUGAAGGAGCAGAGGAGGACGAAGAAGAGGGCCUGGACGAUGAGGAAGACGAGGACGAAGAGGAAGAAGAAGAAGAAGACGGGGAGGAGGACGACUUUGAUAACAAGAGCGUAUCGAUAAGGGGCAUCGGGGAGGACUCCACAAAUGAUGAGCUGGAAGAUUUAGAGAUUAGCCGAAUUUACGAGUCCUUUAAAACGGAAACGGAAAAUCUGCACCCCUUCGAGGAAGCCAAGGGGGAGGAAGAGAAGCCCGAGGGCGCGCAGGUAGGGGGUCAUAUCGAGGAGACCUCCAAGAAGGAGAGGAUGGACCAGGUUGGCAAUGGGAGCGGAGAGAGUGGAGGAGGCGUAGUUGGGAGCGCGAAGGAGCAAACAGGCCAAACGGGCCAAACGGGCCAAACUGACCAAAUGAAAGAAGAAAACCACGACAAAGAUGCGAAGAACGACCAGGCGGACGAGCCCGAACUGAAGGAAACCAAGUCGUUCACCUCAGGCAACCCCAUGGGAGACGCCCCUUUGGUGAACAAAGACAACGUCGAAAUGAACGAUGAGGGGGGUAGAAAGUCUGACGAAGCCGCUACCCCUAAUUCGUUUGGGGGCAAAAGGAAGAGCAGUAGCAUAAAGUGGAAGGAGGUGGAGCCGCGAUGGGACGAAGCGCUGCAGGGAGUAGACUCGGGGCACGAGGAGGGCAAAUCAACGCAGGGAUUCGAGGCGGGAAAAGAGGACAAAUCGGGUCAAGGAGGGCAACAAUGGAGUGAAGCAUCAGUAAUAUCCAUGGUACCAGUAGUGCCCCUCCUACCCGUGAUGCCAAUACUGCCAGGACUGCAAGAAUUACGUAACUUGCAGGAAAUGCACAGCCUACACGAACUGGGGGAGAAGUCGGAGCAGGAAGAACUAGAGGGAGAGAAAAGAAAAAGGAGAAAAAAAAUAGACGACAAGGGAAAACGAGAAAAGCUAAAAUUUAACAGCGAAAAGGAAAGAAGGGAUCACAAAAACGACGAAUUGGAUAGACUAUAUAAACAGAUUAACAAAAAAGACAUGAAUAUUCAGGACGAGGUGGUAAAGAAGUGCGAGGAAGAUCCAAACGAAGGAGACGAAUUCAAUUGCUCACAGUACAGUAAGAUAGUGAAAUUAAUUUCCAUUUCGAAGGAUAUAUCUAAAUAUAACAUGAGUAAUGACAUUACGGAUGGCGACCAAGGGAGGGAGCUCUCCAACCUAGGUGGUACCUUUAAAGAAAAGGGGAAAAAUUUGGACAAGGUAGAUAAGGGCAGAAGUAAGCAAAAGGCAGUGCUACUUCCAUUAGGGAUAGAAAGUGAACAGGAGGGGUUGACUGACAAGAGGGGGAUCAAAAAGACGAGCGGGAAGGACAUUAAAAGGAGUGAUGACUCGGUAGAGAGGAAAGAAGAAAAAAAAACAAAAAUGAAGAGAAAAUAUAGCGACGAGGGGGUAGAUAGCGGUUUAAAAACGGGUCAACAGGGUAGCCAUAAGAAUACCAACCCGAAGGAACCCACUCAAGGGAAGGAGGAAGAAGAUCUGAUGAGCGGUGCGCACCAAUCGGGAGGUGAAUCCACCAAGAGUGUCGGUACUCCAAACAGUAAAAGGAAAAAUGCGCAGGAAGGGGAGCAAGAAAAUGUAAGCAAGAAGUUAAAGAAAGGCGAAGGAGUAGACGGCGUGGACGGUGUGGACGGUGUGCAUAACGCGGGUAAUGUGCUUGGCGUGGAUGCCGCUCAUGCCGCGCAUGCCGUGGGAGAGGAGGAGAACCCCCCGGUGGUGCCCACCUUGGAGGAAAGCGCAGGUGGUGAUGAUGAUAACGCCACGGCAGGGGAGAGCCAAGAGGUAGAAGAACGAGCGGGUGGGGAGACAUUAACGAGCGAGCAGAAAAAUGUCAGCGAAGAGCCCUCGGUUGUAGGAGAAAAGGGGGAGAAGGAUAAAGCUCGUGAAGAAGUCCAAAGGGAGGAGAAGGAAAAGGGAGGAAAUGAGGAGAAGGCGGAAGAGAAGCCACUUGAGGAGCCGCAAGCGGGGGAGGAACAGUCAGGGCAGGCAGAGGAUGUAAACGGAAAGGAAGCAGCCGAAUCGAUUGGAGACAUGGCCGAAGAAGACGCCGAAGUGAAAGCUGUGCUGGAGGAAAUCAUAGAACAGGGCACCGCUGAGGGGGAAGAGGACGAGGGAGUGGAAGAGGAGGCGGUCGCAGUGGAGGGCGCGGUAGUGGAAGCAGUAGCGGGAGAGGAGGAAGAAGAGGCGGUAGCAGUUGAGGACGCGGUAAUGGAAGCAGUAGCGGGAGAGGCGGACGCAGUGGAGGACGCGGUAGUGGAAGCAAUAGCGGAAGAGGAGGAAGCCGAGGGGGAAAAGGAGAUUGCCAACGCUGAGAAGGACGGCGAUCUGAUCGGGGAAAGCCAAACCGCCUCGGAGAAGGAAGGCGAUCAGAUCGGGGAAAACCAAACCGUUGCGGAGGACGUCGAUCAGAUCGGGGAAAACCAAACCGCCGCGGAGAAGGACGGCGAGAUUGUGCUCGUGGAGGAGGACGCAGAAGAAGACGCAGUGGAGCUGGAAGAAAAGGAAGUAUACGAAGAGGUAGAGGAAGAAGGGGAUGAAAUCGUGGAGGUGGACGAGGAAAAGGGAGACCAUGGAGGAGUGAUGGAGGAGGUAUUGGAGGUGGAGGGCGACUCGGUGCAGAAGGAGGUUGUGGAAAUAGAAGAGGAGGAUGGGGAAGACGGGGGUGGGGCUGAGUCUGCCGAAAAGGGAGAAAAGGAAGGAGACGAAGAAGAAAAGGCGGAGUCGGAUAAGUUCGAAGAGGUAGCGGAAGAGGUGGAAGAGGUGGAAGCGGUGGAAGAGGAGGAAGCGGUGGAAGAGGAGGAAGCGGCGGAAGAGGAGGUGUACGAGGAGCUGGAGGAGGGGAAGGACGAGGUGUAUGAAGAGGUGGAAGAGGCGGAAGAGGUGGAAGAAAUGGAAGCGGUGGACGCGGCGGAAUCGGUGGAAGCGGCGGAAUCGGUGGAAGCAGUGGAAUAUCAAAAGGACAUAGUCACAGAAGGAGAAGUGGAUAAUGAGGAGGAUGCCCCUGAGACCGAGGGGAUGCGGAACGAUGAGAAAAAUAACACACAAGAAAAGGAGGAUAAAAAUAAGCUGAGUGAAAAUGCGAAUGAAAUUAUUGUCGAGGAUAGCAGCAAAGAGGAUGAAAUAGCUGACCAUGAUGGUAAUGAUAACGGAUCGACCAACUCCGUUUACACAGAUUUAAAUUCAUCCUCGAGGAGAGAAUCACUUGAAAGUGUAAAGAGUUGCGAACUUGGGAAGGAAAACUCGCUGAAAGCAAUGGAGGUAUUGAGAGGUGGGGAAUGCGUAGAAGUGCGAGCCGAGGUAGCUGAUGAAAACGUUUGCAGCUAA